AUGAAGAUUUUUAUUAUAUUCAUAUUUUUUUAUGCCUUUCAAAUAUGUUAUACAACUACAGAUUAUUCAUUUUAUGAUACAAUGUCAAAUAAUGUAAAACAAGUAGUUUCAAAUAAAGUUUUAAGAAGUAUAGAUGGUACAUCAAGUUCAAUGACAGUAAAAAAUAAUGAAAAUAAUAUUAAAAAUAAUAACAGUAGUAAGAAUCAUAUAAAUAAAUCACUUAAAAUAUCUAAAACUAUUAAUGAAACAUUUUAUAUUAAAUCAGCCUUUAGAGUUAGUGAUAAUGUUAUUAGGUUAUCAAGUAUAAAAAGUAUUUAUAAUAAUGAUUUAUUAUUAUGGUGGAGUAAUGGAAAAUAUGGUGGUGUUGUAAAAUUUGAGUGUCAAGAGACAAAAUGUCCAGCAAAAUAUGUACCAAAAUGUAUUUUUGUUGGUUAUAUAGGAAUAAUAAAUAUUCCAUCAAAAAUUAAACUUGGUAAAAAAAUACAGGUUCAAUCUAAAAAAACUAAAAAAUGGGUAUCAAUACCAAUAAUAGAUGUAAGAAAACCAAAAAAUUUUAAUAAUACAUAUCCACAUAAACUUGGUGUUUGUAUUCAACCAAUGUUUUUAUAUAAUAAUUAUCUUGAAUUAAUAUCAUUUCUUGAACAUUGGAUAGCACAAAAUGCUACAAAAUUUUAUUUUUAUAAAAAUUCAUUUUCACAUAAUAUUGGUAAAGUUUUACAACAUUAUAAAAAUCAUGUUAAAAAUAUUGAUAUUGAAAUAAUUAAUUGGUCUAUGUUACCAUAUAAUAAUUCACAACAAUUUCAAAAUCCAAAUUAUUUUAUUUAUCGUCUUGAACCAUAUGUAGCUGUAAUGGAUUGUAUGUAUCGUGCAAGAUAUCAAGUUAAAUAUGUAGCACAGGUUGAUAUUGAUGAAUUAAUUAUUACAAAUGGUAAUUAUAAUAAUUUAUUAGAUUAUCUAGAAAAAAAAACAAAUAAUGGACAAAAUAAUAUUUCAUCUUUAUCAUUUAUGAGUCAAUUUGUUAAAUUUUAUAAUGAUUGGAAAUCAUUAAAUGAUGUCAAAAAAGUUAAAUUUAAUCAUUUAACUUCUAUUAGUGUUGGUACACUAUUUACAAGGCCAACAUAUACUAAAUUAGUUUUUUUACCAGAAGUUAAUUUUAAUUAUUAUAUUCAUUAUGCAUUAAAAACAGAAACAGGAAUAUUAACAAAUAAAACAUAUAAAUCUUAUAAUGUCCCAUCAGUUGAGGGACGAGUAUAUCAUCAUAGAAAAAUAGAUAGUUUAGAUAUGUCCAAUAGGAUGGUUAGUAAUUCAACUUUAUUAUCAAAAGAAAUAAGUACUGUAAAUGAUAAUAUGAAUAAACAUAUCAAACUACUAAAUUUUGAUGAUGAUAUAGAUAAUUCAAUUGUCAAAGAAGCAUUACUUUCAUUUGGUUUAUGUAGAGAAAGAAGAAAAAAUGACAGAGAUAAAAUGUGUACAUCAUUAUUAACCUGUGAAGGUCAAUUAAAUGAAAAUGUUUGGAAGAUUUUUGAAAAGGCAAAAAAUACUUGGAAAGUUAUUUAA